AUGUCCUCCCCCAGUCUCACCCUUUCCACCCUCCCCACCUUCCUAUCAACCCACAUCUACCUCCUCCCCCUCGCCCCCCUCUUCACCUACAUGCUCUACCAACUUUUCUUCUCCCCCAUCUCCCCCAUCCCAGACCCCCUUCCCGCCUCCCUAACCCGCCUAUGGCUGACCUACCAGUCCUGGGCCGGCUCCAUGCCCCAAACAAUCCUCUCCCUCCACCGCAGCCACCGCCCCUCCGAACUCAACGUCGCCGAUCUGUCCGCUAUCAAGAGAAUCUACGGGCCCGGCACCAAGUUCCGUGUGGCAGGGGCAUCGAGAGUUCGACUUGUUUGCGGAGACAGACGAGGGGGUCCAUGGGGCGCAGCUGCGGCUGAUGUGAUUGGCGAAGUCACGUUCUCCCGAUGCUUCGGGCUCAUGGACGUCGGUGCGGACGAUGGCUCGUUCAAGCAGAUUGAGGGCGCGCUCAGGUCCGCGGCGUGGAUCGGCCAAGUCCCGUGGCUUUACUGGGCUCAUGGUUUCCUGAUGCCGUACAUUGGGAACUGGCUUGGGAUUACUGCUCGACAUGGAAGUUUGCGCAGCUUUGCCAUGAGCGAAGCUGAGAGUUGGAAGGAUCGUGGAACGGACCGGAAAGACAUCCUCAGCAAACUCUUCGUCGUGCAGAAAGAGAAGCCUAGUGAGUUCAAUGACAACGCGGUCGUAUCAAUGGCGACGUCGAACAACUUUGCCGGUUCGGACACGACUGCUAUCUCGACAAGAGCGAUCAUCUACUAUCUCCUGAAGAACCCGCAAUACAAGCGAAGACUCGUGGAUGAGAUCGAUGAUCUCCGCCGCCAAGGCAAACUCGGCGAUCCUGUGAAAGCUGGAGGAAGCGGACAAUAUGCCAUAUCUGCAGGCUAUCAUAUACAAAGCACUCCGCCUGAAUCCCGCAGUGGGUGGCUAAAGGAAGACGCCGGCGACAUAAAGCGAUUCUUCUUUGCUCUUGGGAGCGGUGCACGGAUGUGCUUGGGACGGAAUAUCAGCUGGAUCAAGAUGAGCAAGUUGAUUCCAACUUUGUGCAUGCACUACGAGUGGUGUUAG